CCAGUAAGUAGUGAUCAAGGCAAGUGUCAGAUCCAUUUCGAUUGAUGAGAACAGCGAAACGCGAAGCAAGAUACAAUACAGUAGAAUCAUCUUUCGUAGGCACCGAUAGACGAGCGAAGGAUAGUGAGAAAGCAGAGACUAUAAUCAUGUCACAUAAUUCAAAAAGUAACAAAAUCCAAACACGGAGAAAAUAUAAUCCGCAACGAAAAGAAAUCGAAAAAAUCAUAAUGAGUGCUGAAGCAAAGUGUCCAUAUUUGCAUCCGGGCAAUGGUACGACCAACAAAGAUUGGUGGCCUGAGAUGAUCAGCUUGAAUAUUCUAAACCAGAACAAUGAACGAACCAAUCCCAUGCCAUUGAACUUCAAUUACGCCGCCGAAUUCGAGAAGCUCGACAUUGAAAGUCUGAAAGCUGAUCUGACUGUUUUGAUGACAGACUCUCAGGACUUCUGGCCUGCAGAUUACGGACACUAUGGACCUUUUUUCAUUCGAAUGGCUUGUAAGUGUCUGACCUGAUUUUGAUCUACAKGAUUCUCAGGACUUUUACUUCGACCUUGACUGCAAAGAAAAAUAUAUCUUACCAAUCGCUGAUUUGUUUUUUGAUGCAUUCGAUUUUGAUUCACUUGGGGGUUCAUUCAUUUUUUUGAUAUUCACGCAAUGCAGGGCACAGCGCUGGGACCUAUCGAGUGAGUGACGGGCGUGGGGGUGCAGGAGCUGGUCAGCUAAGAUUUGCACCCCUGAACAGCUGGCCCGACAAUGGAAACCUGGACAAGGCCCGCCGCUUAUUGUGGCCAAUUAAGCAAAAGUACGGCCGAAAAAUUUCAUGGGCCGAUCUGAUGGUGUUGACUGGAAACGUAGCAUUAGAAUCUAUGGGUUUCGAAACCUUAGGCUUCGCUGGAGGCCGAGAAGACGUUUGGGAACCCGAGGACGAUGUAAACUGGGGCCAGGAAACCACAUGGUUGAACGACGACAAACGGUACAAGGGAGAUAGGCAAUUGGACAAACCUCUCGGUGCCGUCCAGAUGGGAUUGAUCUAUGUCAAUCCAGAAGGUCCAGGGGGAAACUCUGAUCCUCUUUCUGCGGCUGCCGAUAUUCGAACCACAUUUGRCCGGAUGUCUAUGAAUGACGAGGAAACUGUGGCCCUGAUCGCGGGUGGCCACACCUUCGGCAAGGGUCACGGUGCAGGAGAUCCAUCCAACGUUGGUGUCGAACCUGAGGGAGCUCCUCUAGAAGAUCAAGGACUUGGCUGGAAAAAUAAAUUUAGAACUGGCAAGGGUGGAGAUACCAUUACAUCUGGAUUGGAAGGCGCAUGGACGAAGAAUCCUAUCAAGUGGGACGAUGGAUAUUUUAGCGUUCUAUUUGGAUACGAGUGGGAGCUAACGAAAACUCCCGCAGGAGCUAAAUUGUGGAUUCCAAAAGAUGGAGAAGGUGCCGGUACAGUUCCCGAUGCACACGAUUCCAGCAAAUCCCAUGCUCCCGUGAUGUUUACCACCGACUUGUCGCUUCGCAUGGAUCCAAAAUACGCUGUCAUUUCGAAAAAGUUCCACGAAAAUCCAAACUUAUUCCGCGAGGCCUUUGCAAAAGCUUGGUACAAACUAACACACCGCGAUAUGGGCCCUUACAUUCGGUGCCUUGGCCCAGAAGUCCCGGCACCACAAAUCUGGCAAGAUCCACUUCCACCGGCAAAAUCUCUCGCGAUUGAUGCGGCAGACGAAGCUGAACUAAAAGAAAAGAUUCUGGCGAGUGGGUUAUCACCCAGUCGACUUGUAGCCACUGCCUGGGCCUCUGCUGCAACCUAUCGCAAUUCCGACAAACGUGGAGGAGCCAAUGGCGCAAGAAUUCGCUUGGAACCUAUGAAAAGCUGGGAGGUCAACGAACCGGAAGAAUUACAAAAGGUUCUAACCGUCUUGGAAGGGAUCAAGAAAUCAUUUUCGAAGGAAGUAUCUAUUGCUGAUUUGAUCGUACUUGGUGGCUGUGCCGGCGUCGAAGCAGCCGCAAAAGCAGGGGGAUACGACGUCAGUGUUCCUUUCACCCCGGGCCGUACCGAUGCGACCCAAGAAAUGACGAGCAUCGAAUCUCAACAGCACUUGAAUGGACCGGCCGAUGGUUUCCGCAAUUAUGUUCAACCUGGUAUAAGUGCUCGCCCCGAAGAAAUGCUCGUCGACAAGGCCUACCUUCUUGCCUUGACGGCACCAGAAAUGACUGUUCUUCUGGGGGGUUUGCGCGUCUUGGGUAUCGGAACGGAACACUCGAGUGCCUUCACCGAAAACGUGGGACAGCUCUCGAACGAUUUCUUUGUGAAUCUACUGGACAUGAACACCGUUUGGUCGCCAAGCAGUGCUGCACCGAACGUAUACGAAGGCCGAGAUCGUGGCACGGGCAAUGCGAAGUGGACCGGAACCAGUGUCGAUUUGGUCUUUGGGUCUCACUCUAUUCUACGGGCUCUAUCGGAAGUCUACGCCAGCAAUGACUACAAGGAAGAUUUCGUACGCGACUUUUGCGCCGCAUUUGCAAAGGUGAUGGACCUCGAUCGUUUUGAUGUCAACACGGAUCUUAAUCGAAGCCGGUUGUAGAGAAUGAUACACAUGGUUGGUAUUCAAAGCCAACGAAGCCUUUCCUGGUACGAAUCACAAUGCAUUCCAUUCGUUUCCCUUCGAUAAUUCGUAAAAUAGCUAGCUAAAAAAAUACAAAAUACUGU